CAUGCAUAAUUAUGCGAUGCCUCCUUCUGUCCAAAGGUGAGUAAUUUUAUUUUGGCAAAGAAGUAAUUCAAUUUUGGGCCGCUCGAGUAGCCCACAGACGUGUGUGCCGAUCUAUUUUGUCUUGAUGUAGCCUCUGCGUUGUUCAACGAACGUCUUCUGCCUGAAAAUCGAAUACCUACGGCUAGCAGCGCAGAGUUAGUUGUGCAAAUCUUUUGGCUGUUUUGACCAAGCUGAUCGUUUCGAUCACUCACAAGGCCACAAAACUUGUCUGCCGUGCCUUUUAAUUUCAUUUGAAUGCACGUACUAGAAUGCCUUGGUUUCAGUUUUGACUUAUGAAAUUGCGUUUUAUUUCAGUGGGAAUUCUCGUCUCUGAAUAGCUCUGAAUGAUACAUGUAGAAUACUAUAUGACUUUAAUGGUCGGUCUAUUUAUGCAGAAUGAUAUUUGAUUCAUGAGGGAGCUCUUUCUUUUAAAUAUUUCAGUAUCGUUGUGAACGUAUUUUCGUAUGGCAUAAGCUUUAUUGUUGUGAUAAAUGGAAGGAAAUCGAGCAACCUUUGCUUACUCUCUCCUUCGCUUGUAAGCUGUUGUAUGUAUACCGUUAGGUCUUUGCAUUCUAACCCAGAACAAUUAUUGACGUGUUAUUGAAUUUAUAAAUUUAUAAAUAAGUUUAGUUAAACUGGGUGGGUGUUGCCCUGAGAGCUCUUUGCAAAAUUCAAAGGAUGGUUAAAGUUAACUAUUAAGAAAGCAGCUGCUACUAAGGACAUAGGCAAUGAAAUGUAAUGAUUCCCAUGCAGCUGUACCUUUAACUUUUAAUAUUUUUUAAAAAAUAAUAAUGAUAACCAGUUUUAAGGAUAUUAAAUUUUUGUCAGCAACAAUUCUGGCUAUGAACAUGUAGCUUUUACUUGGUGUAUCUCAAUGAACAUUCAGUUUUCAAACUCAAUCAAACUAGAUUAAACUGUCUUGAGCAAUAAGAAGAGUUCAAUGCAGUUCAGCCAUUGAACGAAAUCGAUCUCACUAAAAGGAAAUUUGAAUAGAACAAAUUAAAAUGGAACAUUUGACUUUCAAACUCAUUUGGACAAAAGAGUUGGACUGAGUUUGGUCAUCGAAGGAAGUGGAGCUCACAAAAGAAAAACAUGAAUGGAACAAAAUUGGAAGAGUGUUCCAGUCUCGAAGUCUCGCUGUGGUUCACCGUUAAAACAGUCAAGGAGAGAAUGAAGAAUGCCAUGCAGCUUGCACACUUUAUUCAUAAGCAAUGAUCCCCUGGGUUAAGUAUUAACUGUCCUUUAAGCAACUGACUCUGGUAAUUUGUCAUAAUAUUUAUAACAAAAUGAGGUGUAAUCACAAUGUCAGAAACAAUUAUGUACAUUUUCCUGAGUGCAUAAAUGGCCAGAGAGGAAUUUAAUCAAAACAAGAUAAGUAUUACAUUUAAUUUGGUACCUUUCUUCACUUAAAUGGACUUGGUCAAACUUUUCAAAUUUUACUCGCAGGACUUAAAAGAUACAACCUACAAAUAACCACAGCAUAAUUGAGAUCACUAUGGGACCAGAAGUGGGUGUCAAAAUCAUCCAUUUACAUAAAGGAGUUUUCUCGGUCUUAAGGUGGUUAUAAUGCAGAUUUUUUCUUGAUACCACUGUAAUUAAGACCAAGUUAUUAUCGACGACAGCGACGGCAGCGAAAAUGUCAGUUUUAAAAUGAAUUCCCGUUUUUUCAAUCUUUGUCGCGUUUAUUCCAAUUUGCUGAAAAUGGCAAUUGUAGGCAAAUUUCCCUGGAGUUGAUUUCUUGAAGACCGCACUCAAGUUUAGAGAGAGAAAAAGAGAUUCGUCGUCGCUUGUUUACGUCCUCUAUAAAACUUGCAAUUAGGCAUUUUCAUGUUGUAGUCGUGCAAGGACGGUAAAGAAAUGUACAAAAAAGCGUGAUGCACGUGCAAAGUUGUUGUUUUGCGUAAUAAACCUAUUGCUUUUUUGACGUCAUGGUUGCCGUCGCCGUCGUCGUUGCUAAAGCUCCCUAUUAUUUCAGUGAGCUAACCACUCUGUAAUUCCCUACAUUUUUUUGUUUGGAAUUCAGAUAAACUGCAGGCAUGAGUGGGGAGGCUCAAGAAAGGAAUGUCGUCAUGGAGGAAUCUAAUGUUGGAGCUCAGAAUUCUGAUGACACUCUUGUAGUGUUGGAAUUCUCACCUAAAGCUCCUGCUGAAACUAAAGAAUGGCUGACAGCACUUAUAAAAGCUCCAGGUGUGUUUGUUAUCAUUUGUCCUACAUGUAAUUCUAACAGAAUCUUUGAUUGACUGUUUCCUUGCCUGUUUAGAGUACAGAGAAAUGUUGUAACAUAACAAUCGAAAAUUAAAUGAAAGCUAGGUUUUCUUGAAAAGAAGAAAAGAACCACGCUCUUUUGUCCUCAAUUUAUUCCCCAGAAAGCUGGAAAUUCCUUUUAGGGCUUUGAAAUUUCAGUAUUUUGUGGGGAAGCACGCCCAGCCCCCCUCCCCCCUAGAAAAAGGAGACUAACGGCCCCUUGUUGAUACAGUCAGUUACUCUAUGCAAACCUGCUGGCUACUUCAAUCUUUAUUGAAACCCCUGAACUCAAAGAAUUAGUUGCGAGAAUUUGUUUAAAGAUCAAAGCAUUUUAUUUAAGUAUUUUACAUUGUUAGGAGAAAUUUGAUGUUAGUUGCUCCUUGAACUUAAAAAGGUUGACCAUAACUUGGCUGGUUGUUGUUUCUGUUUAGUUAGCAGUGGAGGUGCUGGGCUCAAGACAAAGCUUGUUGCAAAUGCCUUAAAGAACUGCGACACCCUGCAUAUUUCUGCAGACACCAAGCGUCUUCUUGCUGGUGCUGAGAAACUAAAAAUCAAAAAGCGCCUUAAAUCUGGAGCUAUAAUGGAUUUCUGUUUAGAACAGUGCAAGGAAUUCAAAGACUUUGUUAAUGAUGGUGAAGAAUUUUUGAUGGUGAGAGAGAAGGAGCGUAUUAUUUAUGUUGCACUGGAGAGCAUCAAACCUCAUGAAGAUGGAACUGUUCCUGGUUAUAGUGACGUAAAGAUGUAUAAAAACAGGGCCCUUAGUAAGUACAUGUAUUCAAUAUUGUCUGACUUACAGGAGACAAAGUGGUGACUCUUAGUCAAUAGCCCAUGAGGCUGAAGUAAAAUCCAACCAGUUGGUCAAUAAUAUCGAGACGAAACAACCUCAGCUAGUUGAAGCUAGACUUUAACCCAUUUUUCUGCCAAAAAGCGGGCGCUUUUCACUACUAGUGGGCUAUAACAUGUAGCCUAGUAGUAGCUCAACCAAUCAGAAUGCAACAUUCACACUCAUUUGAAGGCCUCUGGUUUAAAAAGACCCCCUGCUCAUGUUGCUAAAUAGUGAAAUUGUACACACUGUUAAAGACUGACAAGACACUGAAAAUCUUACCCUGUUCAGCAGUACACUGUAUGUACCAAUUUAGGCCAAAUAACCGAGUGCCUCCACCCUCAUCCUGAGUUAUUACGUUUCUAAUAACGGGCAUGGUUAUCUCAACAACUUAGCCAAUAAACGUUGUUCACAAUGCUCACUGUUUCUGCAUUUGCUGAAGAAUUGAUAAUUUUAAAGCAAUGUCAAUGGUUAAAAAAAUUUAACCUGAAUCUAAUUUUGACCUGUAACAUUUUCCCCCCCUCCCCUUCCAAAAAAAAAAAGAGAACCCUCAUCCACCCAUAUUUUGGUAUUGUACUACAUACUCCCCCAUUUUUGCGUGUAUCGUUGGCUCAAGUUGGUUGUAAGAGGGUCGUACAGGGGGGGUCUCUCGCACGGUUCACGAACAGAAAAAACAGCGAAUCACGGAUCACGGCUAUCAAAAUUUCAUUUCCCGAAUCACGAAAAUAAACAAGUAAGGUACUCGUUGUAAUAACCUUCUCUUACGGUAGAAAGAGUGUUUGAAGAAAGCAAAAUCGUUAAAGGCUAAGUAAAGGCUGCUUUUCAAGUAAAAUAGCAUCGCCCGUGUUUGAAGCUGUAUUUUACCUGAAGUAUUUAAAAUUUACUCGUCUUGAAAUAUUCUAAUUUAACUUUGUACUACCAUACUAUACGUACUCGUCCCCUCCAUAUCACGGAUGUUUCGAUGUUUUGGAUCACUGUCCUUUGACCUCCAGUGACAUAGGAGACCAUUAGACUACGAGUAGUCCCCCAUUUUUAGAGGGAGCGAGACGCGAGCGCGCGUGAAAAUCACCCCACGCGAGAAAAGGCGACACGCGGCGGGGAGAGAGAAAAAUGAGGGACUACAGUCAAAGCCCAAGCUUUUGACCCUUCACGGCUGACUGAUUUUGGAGUGUGAAGUUCGUAUCCCCUUCCAAAUCAAUUAAGCGCAUCCAAUGGGAUUCCUUCCCUUAUUGAGCUGUCAUUGCUCUUGUCAUCGGUAAACUACGGCGGGAUAUUUGUUGCAAGCAAAAGAAAACCCAGAUUCUAAUUUUCGAUCUUCACGGCUGUUUCGUGUGAAGAACUUGAUAGUGUAGGCAACACACGACUUUUACUCAUGCCAAAAUGCUGUUUGUUCCAAUGAAUUUUUUUUCUCUGACGGGUAGAUUAUGCUUUGGAGGAAAACGUUUUGACUGAGCAAAUGUGAUUUUUGCCGCUUAUUUCAUACUGAGAGGUCGUGACACGCAUAUUAAUUUUCUGCGGUUAUUGUUUAUGGUCGGCAUGAUUUGCCCUCUGAUGCAAGAGCAUUUUCUUUGACCUCUUUUGAAAAGUAAAGCUCUUCAAUGCGGCUAAAUAAGGGUUUUGGGCUGUUUAAUUUCUCCGGCAAUUGCCUCCUGGAUCUGAAUAAUUUUAAGCGAUUUUCUUUUUCGCCAUGAAUGUGAUGGUUUCCUGCAAUGUUUUGUCACGCUGGGACCAGCUCGUUAGCAUUUUUAGCAGGACGGAUAGUGAUAUCCAAAUCUCGAAGAAUGGAUUGCAGCUUAAACUAAAACUACGUUAACUAUGGAGAACUGCGAUGAGACUCAGUCAUGACUGCUCAUGAAUUUUAACUGCCGCUUGUUUUUCUGGAGAUAAUGUGAGUGUUUGGACUGACGCACGUAGUUCCUCCCUUGGUGAUAACUUUUGAAUUAACUUAACAGCCUUGCGACUGUUCUGUUAUUCCCACUUUGUGAUCAGGCAAGAUCAUGGUUUCGGUUCUCCACGCGAACCUCAUCAGUAGCCGGGUUGGUUUUCUGCUUAGUUGCUUCUACAAGAGCAACACUAGUUAUUUGUUCUGUGCUGUUAUUUGUUCUGCUCUAGUUAUUUGUCAGUGUAAAUUGUGAUUAUGUCGAGUGUUGAUAGCAGCAGGCGCGUUUUUGACAGAUGUUGACAGAUUUCCAUGGAAGAGCCAAUCAGAGUUUUGCGUUGUGAGAGCAACGCAUUAGUUCAAAAGCUUGGGCUUUGUCUGUAGUCCUUCAUUUUUCUCUCUCCCCGCCACGUGUCGCCUUUUCUCGCGUUUCGCUCGCUCUACUAUCCUUGAGGAAAAGUGGGGGACUACUCGUAGUCUAGGAGACCAUAGGCAUAGGAAUAGACAUCUGAUCCAUGAUAGGCCGGUAAAGCACGUGAAUUUGCACAAUGGAUUACUUCAAUUAAAGCGAAGUCUGUUACUUGUCACAUUUGAUAUUUUCACAGGGUUCUCAAUAGAUUUUUAAGUAGGAGGUGAUCACUGAUAAAGUAGGAGGCUCUUCAGCAAAGCCAGAGGUGUCAAAACAAAGCAAAGAAAAGCGACUUAAACACAAAGUAAGCGGCUAUAAAUCCCAAAGUAAGCGGCGAUCAAUCGCCGGGUGCCGCCUUCUAUUGAGAACCCUGUUUUCAGUCUUAAAAUAAUUCUUCCGGAGCACUCGCAUCUCAAAAUCACGCCAAAUAGAGUGGUGAAAUCACGAACAUCGGUUAAUAAUUCAAGUUCUUCACGGGUCACGCAAAACCUUCAGAUCAUGGAUCACGAAGAAUAAUUUAUUAAAUUCACGUUUCAUGGAAAAUAAAAUCAGCCAAUCACGCAUCACGGGAAUACCCCUGUACGACCCUCUUGUAAAUACAUCAUAGCAAUCAUAGCCGGAGCUGAUGAACUUUACACGGGUUAAUGGAACUUACCAGUGUAUGAAUGAAAUAAAUAAUGUAAUUUCCAAUUUAAGUCAAUGCCAAGAAUGACAAAUUAUUAUUUCCAUUUUCUGGUACAUGUACAUGUAUUUUGAUAAGCCAUCAAUUUAGAAAUGAUUCAUAAAAGAAUGUUGACUGACAUGCAGAAUUGCACUUGAAUCAGACAUGUAUUGAUUCUCCUUCUUUCUGUCAGUUCCAAGGUGCAUAUCCAAGGGAAUUGUUACCCAGAUCUUUCCUCUCCAUGACCAUGAAAAACUUAAAGCCUUGGAACACAAGUGGUAUCUGAGCUUCUCCAGAAAACAACCUCUAGGUAAGCUGACUUCGCAGUCCUGUCCUGAGGCUGUCCACAAUAUGGAGAGUGGAGUGUAAAUGGGUUGAACUCUAUCUUGUGACACACUUCUAAUCAAUAAUUUCCUGUGCGUGGUGUUUGUAAGUAGCUUUAACACAUGUUUUCUCAGAGAUCAGAUUAGUUUAUUGCGCGUGUUUGUUUUGAGUGGCCCAGAUAAUCAGGAAGCUUAAGCAAUGAUGAUGAUAGGAGUGCAAACAUGUCCUUUUACUAAAGGAAUGAAUUUGCACUCUUUAAACUUCAUUACAUAAUAUUUUUAUUCAGUUUCACUUUGUCAAAUGUAGGUGAACUUUCCUGGUAUAGUUGAAUUCUUAGGGUCAGGAUCCGAGCUCAAAAAAGAGAAAGAAUUAACCCUUUAAGCCCCAAUAGUGACCAAGAUCAAUUUUCUCCUAACAAUAUCCAUACAUUGUCAACAGAUAAGUUAUGAGAAUUAAUAAAAUGAUCACCCAAGUAAAAAUGCCUUGAUCCUUUAUCAAAUUCUCUCAACUCAUUCUUUAAGGAAAUGUACGGAGAUCAGUUUGGAGAAUUUGUAUGUGGAUAUUGGGGCUUAAAGGGUUAAGUUUGUCAUCAUAUGCUCACAUCCUCUGUUCAGUGUCACUGUACGAAUAUUGCUUUUUGGCAUUCUCGUUGAAUUGCCAUCAUUGCUUCUUUCUGUGGUUGCCAAUAGGCUCCUUUGUAUCAUGUCAUCUUCACUUUAGAAAUGUGUAGAUGCAGUACCAUGUUUGAACUUUUCCAAAGGGAGAUAAUGAACUUUUUCAGGAAGAAAAGAAAAAGGGAACUGUCUCUCUAAAGUAUUGAUUUUUCCUAUCUAAGUUCUAAGGAUUGUUCAUGCUUAAGUUGAUUGGGCCUCAGCCAACAAUCAGCAGAAAAAUUGUUGACAUCCUCAAAUUGGGUAACUUGGAGAACAAAACAGUCCACACCCCUCCCCCUCCCAUCCAUUCAAACAUAGGGUGUUUGUUUUUUCUUCAGUUAGCGUGAACAGUGGCACAACAUUGUAUGGAGGGGUUUAGGGAGGAAAGUGUUAUUUUCCCCUUUUAAGUUGGCAAAAUGUCAGAGACGUCCAUUAGGCAAAGUUUCUGAUCUAGUUUUGUUGCCUAUUGUAGGUAACUGCACAGUUCACAAUAUAGCUGUUAAUUUCCCAAUGAACUAUACAACAUGACACUGUAAAACUACCAUGAAAUUGUCACUGAGUCUUUUCUUUUUUAUAAUCCAUGUCCUGCAGUUUGUUAAACAUGUUCCUUUCUGACAUAAUUCUCUUCUCCAGAUGACAUACGUGAAUACUUUGGAGAGACCAUAGCGAUGUAUUUUGGAUUCUUGGGUUUUUACUCCAUGUGCCUUGUUCCACCAGUUUUGUUAGUUGUUGUCUUUGCUCUGUCUGGAGCACAUGAGCAAACAAAGAAUACAGUGUUUGCUAUCUUGAACCUUGUCUGGGGCACUGUCUUCUUGGAGGCAUGGAAACGUCGCUGCUCUGAGAUCUCUUUUAGAUGGGGGACUCUAAAGUCAGGCAUAGGUGAGUGGAUGUCAACUUUUUUUAUAGUGAAAAGUGCUCUUAGCUUGUCCAGCUGGUUUGCAGGCACUCCAUUCAAAUACUAAGAAACAACUAAUUCAAAUAUAACACAACAUAAUUAAAAACUGGCAGGAGGCAACCAGUUGGUUAUUUACAAGCGAACUUUACAAGUGAGCUGUUUUACCCCUAGAGGUGGCCAAAGUUAGAAAUUCAGAUUGUAAAAUCCUUAGAUUUAAAAAGCACCAAGCAAAUGGGCUGCGAAAAAGGUUUUAUUUGAAUGGUAGUACCUGUGAUUUAACCACAGAUGGAAAACUUUAAAUUUCAAGUCAUUGCUCCAUAACUCAUUCCUAGGAGUGCAGUAGUGUAGCUAAGGAAAACCUAAGAAUUUUUUACUCAACUUUAACUUCAAAUUUGUUUUCCGGAGCAAUUUGAGCCAGUGGUAAGCUCUCCUUUCAGCCCUCUCGAUCUCUUAGCCACAUCCUUGGGAGGGAAAGUGUAGUUUUCUAUUUGACCUGGGCUGUUCUGUUAUGUACUGAGGGUGUGUCAUCGUUGACUGGUUAGCCACCCUCAAAUACGAAUUUGAAAUUCAAGAAUAAUGAUUAUUCAAAGAGUGUUUAAAGAAAUGUUCAUAUCAUGUUUAAAAAUUUCGUGAAAAAAUUGAAGUAGCUUACCAUUAUCUAAGAGAAGAAUAAUUUCCAAGCAACGCAGUGUGGAGAAAAAGGUAAAUCAGUGCAAGUAAAUAAUUGAAAUUCAGUUCAAACAAGGAAAAAGAAAAUGCAAAUGAAUCUUUUUGCAUCAAAAUAUUAUUGUUUUCUGCACUGUUUUACAUGAAUUAGGCAAUGGAAAUAAAGAAAUUUUAUUUUAAAUUUUCCAUUUAGGCACAGAGGAAGUUGAGGAGCCACGCCCAGCCUACUGGGGUGAGAAGCGCGUCAGCCCUAUCACAGGACAAACAGAAUACUACUACCCACCAUGGAAAAGAAAGAUAAAGACCUACUGUGUGUCUUACCCAAUUGUCUUCUUCUGCUUGAAGAUUGCAACUGUGGUUAUGCUUUUAAAUUUUAAAUUCCUCGAUGCUGUUGAGGCCAGAUAUAAUGAUGUUGGAGGAAUUUUUGCCAGCAUCAUGCUUUCAUUACCAAGUAUUGUUUACGCAAUUGCAAUUGCUGUGUUGAAUAACCUGUAUCAUCAACUGGCGACUUUCCUGACAGAAUGGGGUAAGUUGUAAACUUCUGUUCAUCCUUUAGCUUGGUAUCCCUGUGGUCUCCUAUUUUCUACAUGGUCUCCCUGUGAUCUACAAGACAAAAAUUAUGGAGGGAUCCAAAUUUGUGUCUUAAUAGUAUCCUUAUUUAAGGACGUUAUGUAAUGUUGGCAGUGAGAAUUGUACUUGUCUUCAGGGGUUCUGAGGACUUUUCAUGUAUUUUAAUUGACUUGACUCGAAGUGCAAUACUUUAUGAAUACAUUUUUUCAUGCGAACACUUUGGUCAAGUUUGGAAGCUUCUUGACAGACUUUGCAGAGCAUAACACUAUUUGCUUCAGCUUUUGUGCCUGAGUGGUGGAAAGCUUAAUGGUAAAUAGUGUCUUGAAUGUCAAAUAACAAAAAUUCACAAAAGUUUUUGUGUGAUAAUACUCGUGCAAACAAUGUUAUUGUCGUCUGGGACAACCUGACAACCACUAAUAUGGAUCCCUGCGAAAAUAUAAAUUAUUGUACUUGUUUGACUGACUAGGAAAGUCAAAUGUAGGCUAAAUUGUCAGUAAUGACUAAGAGACUACAGUGUUUAGUCAGUCAGCCGGCUUUCAGUUCUUGCAUAAUUUAGCCCCUCUUUUCCCUUUUCGCAGAAAAUCACAGGCUGCAGUCAGCUUUUAACAACCAUCUUAUUGUCAAGUUGGUUCUUGUGAGUACAUAAAAUUACACCAGCCACUUUCAACAUAAUUUGUUAUUAUAGUGCUUUUGACGAGGUACUUGGUCAAUCUGCUCUCAUGAUGUCCGUUUUUGUUAUGGUGUACCGACACAUCUUCAACCGAAACAACCUUUUCAUUUGGCGCCAAUUUUUGUUUUACAUUGAAUCAGUGUCACAGUGUUUAAAUCUUUUACCCAUUUGCUCCCUGGCCUGCAUGGCUUGUGCUCGGAAGGGACAGGGAAAGGAGAACAUUGGUGACCGGUCAUUUCGCCUACGUGUUUCGGUAACAUCCCGUCUGCUAACAUCUUAAGUCGUUUCGCCGAUUUUCAGCUUGUUUUUAGUUUUGAGCAGACGCGUACAGUUACCAUAUUUGGAGAGCAUGGUAUAAUGACUCAUAUACCAUGAUGGCUAAGCCAAUCAGAGCUCUAGGAUGCAUUAUCAAAUGAUUCAGUGUUUAAUAAUUAUCAUUAGAAAAUCUUCACCUUAGUUGUUUCAUUAACUGUGUUUUAUAUUUUUUUUAUCUUAGUUCUAUUUUGUGAAUUGUUUCUACUCGCUUUUUUACAUUGCGUUUUAUCUACAAGACAUUGAUCUUUUGCAAAGGGUAAGUUAUAACAGACCUAUUAAUGUCGUUAUCACAGGAUCAUGAUUCAUACUUUUGUUUUCGACCAUGAUAAAUUGGAAACAGGGGGCUAUUUAAUAUAACUUUUACAAGUGAAAUUUACAAAUGUAGGUAUUAUUAUAGAGUUUGAACUUAUGAAAUUUUGUAAAAUGGACCCCAUGCUUCUUGGUUGCGAUAACUGAGGUGAGGGGAGAUUAGGCAGAGGGAAUGGAGGAUGAAGAACUGUGAACAAACCUCUGAUAUUGCCAUCCUAUUUCCAAGCAAGGCCAAUCUUGUAUUCACUUAAAAAAACAGCUCAUUUGAAAUUCUACUUUAGUAAUUUGUUCUACCGAGAUUGAAGAUUUGUUUUAGCUUUGAGAAUAAAUCCAUUUUCGUAUUUCUGAAACGUUUGGUUGACUUGUGGAGCGCCACCUAAAACAAACCGGUAGUUUCGAUCCAAAACUUUACAGAUUAUCUCUGUUCAGCUGAAAAAUAACUCGUGUACUCACAAUAGGAACUAAAACGGUUAUCAGCAGAGGUUCUCUUUUGCAUUUACCAUUAGGUGCUAGUGCAAAAUAGUGCCCUCUUCUUGCACGUCAUCUUAUUCCCGGCUUUCAACCCCGAACUGAUUCAACAAAUCACCGUUUUUUUAUUUUCUCCAGCACUUGGCUGCUUUAAUGAUUACGUCGCAGCUGAUUGGUCAGGUGACCGAGUCUCUGAUCCCUUACGUCAUGUUUAGAAGCCGUGUUACCAAGUUUACCAAGGAAGGAAAGAAAAUUGUAAUGAAGUCAGCUGACUUGUCUGACAUCGUUGAACGACAAGCAACUCAGGAACAGUACUUGGUAGGUUAUCGUAAAUAGCUGUUACUGCAACCUCGUCCCUAGACUGCAAAACAGUCCAUAUUUUUGCGUAUUCAAGUACGCGCGAACAGUCAAACAAGAGGUCUGGAACGAGGCUGAAAACAGAGUGCGAGACUGGGGAGAGACGCUAAAAAUACGUUUCUCUCGCCUCACAGGGCGUGUGAGGCUCGCGCUCGCGCGCUUUGCUCGUAAGACUCUUACGCCACGCUUUACCGAUUUCUUUACUGAUUUUGAGAAAAAAACCCGACUGUUUUUCAGUCUACUUCGUCCCCGGGCUUAAAAGAGCUGUAUCAUGUAUUUUUACCAAAUUCUGCCUCUUUGACUUAGUGGCCGCGCAAUUGAGCGGGGUAUACCCAAUAAUCCCGGGGGCUACUUCCUAUAAGGGAGGCUCCGCUCAAAAGGGGUACCUUUUUCAGGCUUCAGGUGUAUAAAAGGGUUGGAUUUCAUGUUUAUAUGGUAUAUAAAAUGGUAAAGAGUUGGGCCGUAUAAAACGCUUGCACCUUGCACCUUGCACCUUGCACCUAUCCCGUAGUCAUGGAGACCGUUGGGGUGCCACGGACAUAGCUACCCUCUCCCUACAUUUGAUUUUGUUUUCAGCUACUCUUAGGGCGUUGCAAAACUUCAACCCUGUCCACUCAGAGAUGUUAUUCUCCCGACGGAAGAAGGGGUCGACAAAAUAAAACGCCUAAGGCACAGUUAAGGGACAUUAAAAUAUCCCAAUUAAGUUUUUAUUACACCGCUAAAAAAAUUUUGAAAACUUGUUCCACUUUAAUGAUAAACCAAAGGGAACUAAUAUUUCUCGAGGCACUUGAAAGUUCGCUCUAAUAAUUACGUUGAUUUAGCUUCAGAAACAUUAUGUAGUUUCUUUCCUCAGGGCACAUUUGCUGAUUAUCUGGAACUGUUCCUUCAAUUUGGUUACACUUUCCUAUUUUCCUCUGCCUAUCCCAUGGCCGCUUUUUGGGCGUUAUUAAACAAUGUUAUUGAACUUCGAACGGAUGCUUUCAAGAUGUGUCGCAUCUUCCAGCGACCGUUUGCUGAACCCGCAAACUCCAUUGGCGCCUGGCAAGUGAGUAUUUCUGUCCUUUCUAGCCGGCAUAUCAAUUUCAUCGUCAACCACAACGCCGUUAAUGUCAAGUGACAAGACACUGCAGGGCUGCAAAUUAUUAUUUUUCCUUGUGAGGAGAAAUUUUCAACUCAAGCAAAAUUUUGGUCAGACAAGACAAAAUUAUAUUGUCGGACAUUACUUAAAAUGAAUUUUUUCCUCCGUUUGAUUAUCUGAUUCGCACUUACAGGAAGGAGCGUGUUACAAAGUUAUGCUAAGUUCAAUUACUCAAGACAGUACAGCUGUAAAAUUGUUAAUUGUCAAUGAUGAUUUGAAAACCGGACAUAAUGUCCGACCCGGGGCAAGGGGUCAUGUAAAUGUUUGGUGUGCAGCGGGAAGGAUCAUGGGAAAGCUUUAAAAGCGCAAACCCAUUGCGCUGCGGCUUGGGCCGAAAAUCUCAAGGAGUGCCUCGGUACGAAGAAGAGAGGAGGCAGAUUAUCUUAAGAACUUAGGCCCCCUCCACUUUUCUACGGAUUGGUCAACCCUCCAUACUUCUCCGAUGAAAUAGGGUCAUAGAAAAUGCAGCUUUUCUAUGACGCUCUCUGGAGUGGAAAGUUUUGAAAAGCCGAUUUCUCUUACUUGUAUGGACAGGUGAAAAGGAAAUUUUUGAAAAUGAUGGCGUAUAAGUGUCUUGAUAUCGUGAGGGGUAACGAUGUUUCACCGCCAUCUUUCCUUUUUUUUCUUUAAAAUGUUCAAGCUUGUUAUUACAGAACACGACUUAAUCAGUAGGGCUACACCUUGUUUGAUCUGCGUUGCGUUGCUCGUAUAUUUUUCUAUUCGCCUUGAUUUCUGUUUACACGGUUUGUUACUGAAUAAAGUGUUUCCAUCAAAUGUUGUUUAUCAUUUCAGCCUGCAUUUGAAAUGCUUGGUGUUGUUGCCGUCAUCACAAACUGUGCGCUGAUUGGCAUGGCAGCUAAGAACUCUCAUUGGCUGCCUGAAAUGUCAACUGUUAAUGCCAUUCUGAUGUUUGUAGCCAUCGAGGUAAGAACUCGUCACAGCCUCCUAAGUGGCUGUUUUUUUCCUCUGCAGCGCAGAGAAGCGUGUGAUCACUUGUGAACUUACCACACAGCAAACAAACUGGAACGAAGUUAUGCGAUUGCUAUAGCUAAAGCGCGAAAGAAGUUUAGGGAUAGCUUCAAGGAGCUGUGUCCCAAAAUUCAGCCAAAUUAGGAAAUUACAAAGUGCCCGUUAAAUUAAGAGAAACAUAAAAAUAAGCCCUUGAAACUUUAAAAAAAGGUUAAAAUAACAUAGCAGAAACAAUAGAUGCCACGGAUGGGCAAAACUGAAGAAGAUUGAAAUGGAUUGAACUGUUCAGGCUAACAGUUUUUCAAAGUUGAUCCCUGCUGUUUGCAACUUCAAAUAUAAUGCUCAGGAGACAUAUUUGUUUGUCUCGGAUCUCAGAUUUUGUCAUUUACAUGUAAUUUCUUCGCUUAUUUCAAGUUGCAUAGGGAUUGAGGGCGAGUAAUUCGCAAAAUUAAACAAAAUGAACUGGACUGCCGUGACACAGCCCCUUUAAGACAUUUACACACAAAGCAAAGCGAAAGGAUAUGCUAUUUAACAAGUGGUCAUUCUCACUCACGUCACUCUCUUAUCAGUACUCUGGUUGGUUAACCGAACAGUGGCAUUUCCAUAUAAGAGUUAGUUUCAGCGAAAUUUUUUAACUUGUCGUUGCUAAAAGGACACUUCGAGAAAAGGGGAGGGGAAUAGGCUCGAUUACCAGCUGCUGAGGAUCCCAGAGAAGGGUGAAACUCGACCCCGAGGGGGUAGGGGAGGGUAUGGCCAUAAGUACCCCAGGGAAUAGCCUCAGUUACCUGCCGCUUAGGACCCCAGAGAGGGGCGGAAAUCGAGCUUGUGUGGGAAGGGUACGGCCAUAAGUAGGCUAGGUAUUCAAUCUCAGUAUAUGUUUCAUUGCAGCACUUUUUACUUGGAGUUAAGUUUGUGUUAGCGCUUGUUAUCCCGGAUGUACCACAGUGGGUACAAGAUGAAAUGGCUCGGCAACAGUACAAAGCUCAGCUUGCUCUGAGGGUAAGUCCCUCACAAUCCUUAAAACGUUUAAAGCUUCUUUAACCACAUUUUGACGUCAUUAGUGAUCUAUCACUGAACAGACGCACGACAACAUGGAAUCCCUUUUUUAAACAGGCCAUGAAAAAUUAGUUUCGAUUUGUUUUUUACAAUAACAUUGACAGUUUUGACGUCCAUUUCUGUGGAAGUUUCUUGGAUUAUCGCACGCGAGAGAAAUAGAAAAGAAGAAAUCACUCAGUUACGGUAAAAAUUAAGUUACGUCAAUUAACUGGUCCCUAUCUUGCUACCUUAUGUUCCUCUAGGCACAAAGUGAUGACCUGGAAGAAAGAAAGACCGCCUGGAAAGAGACGAUGCUUUAACUGAGACAUUUAUGGGCAGCUUCAGUAUAGUGUAGAACAUUGCUUAAACAACACGUACGUUUUCUGUUGUCUUUUUGGUGUGUUAUUUUUAUUCGUGUGCAUUUUUUUAACGGAGGAACAAAAUUUGAGAUUGCUCAGCAAAAGACUUGCUUGAUCAAGUUACUUCUUGAGUUACUGCAAAUAUCAGGGAAUCGAGGUCGCCGUUUUCUGCGUUUUUUUGUUUUUUUAGUCGCAGUUUAGGUAAAUCUUCUUUAUCCUAAACCAUCCUUAAUAUAUUGUCAAUUGCCUGGUUUAUGCACGGCUCUCCCAAGGCCCGCACGGUCCAUUUAUGUCAGUGACAUAACCGACACGAAAGGCCGGGAAAGCUUGAAACUUUUUUUUGCGCGUAUCACGUGACCAAUCCGAUACGCUUUGACCGCGCGAAAAUUUUGAGGCCUUGUAACUAGGCAAUAUUUUUAACUCUUCAAAGAUUUCCUAUUUAAGACUAAGUAGCAAUUUCGAGAUUUACUUUGUUAGUUUCAAAAUAUUUUGGACAGUGCAAAAUAAUGACGUAGAGCGACAUGGCUGCUUUAAGGAGCCGUUCACAUGGAGGUACCAGGAAGAUCCUAGAAGGCUGAACAACUUUACGUUGGGUUUCAAGCAGAGAACUUUCUGUCUUUGUGGUUAGGUUAGAGAAGGAAUUAAAGCAUUAAAGAUUGCGGGCGACAAGAGCAAAAGUACAAUUUGGUCCCUUCUGCUUUCUCUUCUGGCGUUAAUAUCUACCUUUUAGCAGAGUUGUCACAAUAAUCAGCUCGUGGUAACGUCAAACGAAAUGGUCGGCCAUUAGCCACUAGACGGCCCACUGCCAUUCUUGUCUGGUUUGUCCGUAGUACAAACCCCGUAGUACUAGAUCGUAAGACCUUCCUAGCGAAGGCAGUCGAUAUGGUCCUAGCACGAGGAUCUUCCUACCUCUCAGCUAGGCCAAGAUCCUAGAACUAGGAAGAACUUAGCUCUGGGAACAAGAACAACCCUUUGUAUGUAAACCGAACACGAAAAACAUAUGGCGCUAGGAUGAUCGCCUUGUGGGAUCUUCCUGGUGCUAGGAUCUUCUUACCUCCAUGUAAAAAAGGUCAGCGUUAUGUUCGAUUGCGUUCACUGUUGUUGCGAAGUGGGGGGCUGGUUGUCCAAACUGUGGAUUAAACAACGUCAACAACAACAACAAUUUUCAACUACAACAAGCAAACAACUCGAUAUGCAAGUGUUGUUCAGUAGCUUUUUUUCGAAUAGUCCAGGAAACUUGGGUUUCAUUUACACCUUAUGGAAAAAAGGAGGGAAUAUAGUAUUGUUUUGGGUUACUUUAAGGGUUGUUAAGUGUCUACACAUUUUCAUGAACCAUUUUGUUAGCGAGGAGGGUUAGAGGGGAGAUGAAAAUUUUUGGCCGGUUACACAGAACGUAAUUCCUUUCAGCUUGACAAACAUUUUUAUUUGUUGUAUAUAAUAUCAAUUUGCAGUGACAGUACAAAGGUGGAAGAAAAUUUUUGAGGCGUUUUUUUUACAGCAAUUAGUUGUGUUGUCUUUUAGUUUUACCACUUUAUUAUUAACUUACGCUUUGUUCCGGCAUUCUGCCUAGCUAGAAAACUCUUUCAUUUUAGAGUUUUCAUUUUAUUCGAUUUUAACUCAUAAAAAUCAAUUUAUAGUAAAGUAAGGGGGUCGAUCUAAAAACGAAAUUGGCGCCGUUUCCGCGUUAAUUAUCUCUCCUGAGAGAUAUGCUUGUAACAAUUUUUAAUUGCAGAAAUAAAGUUUCAUCAUCUUUUAUCCACUUUCAUUGCUUUAGAGUUCUUAAUUUCCCAUCGGAAUCCCCCUCUCGCGUAGACUUUCCUUCGAAAAAAUCUUGCCUUCCCUCCUGACUGUUGUUUGAGUAAGCAAACAGCGUAGG